AUGUCCGACUCGCCCUCCGAUGUCCCUAACUCUGUCCCGCGACCCGUCAUGGCCUUCCCCUCCUGCAAGUCCGAAGCCGUCAACGAUGGACUUACGACCGUGACCGAAGAUGGGGAUCUGCAGUUCGACGCGUCGUGUCGUACCUGGCACGAUGGCGCUCAAACGGCCGCCAUUGAGCAUCUCGUGACCCUCAAGGAGGGUCUGCGAACCCCGGAUACCGAGCUGUUCUGGAAACGGCUCAUGGAAGAUAUCACAUCGAUGGGCAAGGCCCAGUAUGGAUUCGUGGCUCGGAGAGUACACGACGGUGAACCUAUGCUCGAACUAGGUGGGCGGCGCCCUUCGCUCUUCGGUGCAGUGUUUUACUACAACGACGGCUACCAGACCGUCGGGCUGCAGCGACACCGGUAUUUCGCAGGCGGAAACCCUCUUUUGCAUAUGGAUCAUGAGAGACCCUGUUUGAUCCCCGAAAAUCUCAAAUCUUUGGUAUCAUUCGGAGACGACCAGCUGCCGUUUGCUGCCGAAGCCUAUCUGGCCAUCCCGCUCUUCUCGGCGGGCAAAUGCAUAGCACAUCUCGGCCUGAUGUGGUCUCCAGAAGGCCUUCGGACUCGAAAUCUGUCUUGGUCUUUUCUCGAAAUGAUGUUACAUUCUCUCGAGGACAGGAUCGUUCAGCGACUCUUACUGGACGAUGUGUUCACUGAGCGCCACAAUCUCGAUACUUUUCCAAUUUCCGCUACAUCGACUGUCCAAAACCCGCAAAUAGCUUCUCUCAAUGAUGCCCAUGAUUUCACAUCUCAACCCCUCAAACCGUACGCACGCAGCCUAUCCCACGAGCUGCGGACUCCAAUGCAGGGCGUCGUGGGCAUGCUCGAUGUCAUGCAUGCCACGGUCCGUGAAGCGAUGGAAAGCAAGACCCCUGUGAAGUCGGGUAGCAUUUUCCAGGCUCUCAAAGAGGGCAUUGAGAUGGUUCAAGACAGCGCAAGGCGUGCCGUCGAAGCGGCCGACAAUGUUGUCCACGCAUACGAUCUCAACAUGCAAGUCCCCAAAACACCACAACGUGAAGAAGACAACGGGAUGCUCGAGAAUCAAUUCCUGCCGCCCGUAACAUAUGAACGUCGUCCAAGUGUCUUCAUCGAAGGAAACAACAUCGCCGUGAACCCAUACAAGAGACGGCGGAGUCUUCCCCCCGACAUGAGCUGUGGUGGUCCGGCUCCCCGCAAGCAAAGAACCAGAGCAUCAUCCUCGCGGCAAGAAUUAUCGCCCCGUAGCGAAGAAGUCAAGAACGCUGUUCACGAGAGCGACCAGAUAGUUCAUGCUACACCCGCCCGCCAGAUCGAAGCAGUCAUGGCCAACAUGAUGGACCCUGGUCCGUCACUCGCCGUUCGACGAUCGGCACCUCACCUGCUACUGGAGGGUAUCAACAUGAACCUGCGGGGUCCAGCCCUGCGUUCUACAAAAUUGCGGGACCUUCUCCGCUUGGUGAUUAACGAAUCCCUUCACGUUGGCGGCCGGCCUGAUUCUGCUGUCAGCAACGCAACCGAGUGUGGUGAGAAAAUUGAAAUUCGGUCCAGAUCGUCGAAUGGCGAGUUUCACACCAAGAUUGUGGACUGGUCUGUUGACCCGGCUUUGCCCGACACCCUGCUUGCCGACGACAGGGAUCUGGCCAAAUUGAUAUCGUGCGUUUUUCUCAAUGCCAUCAAAUUCACGAACAACGGCACAAUUACGUUAUGUGCGACGGUCGACACGAACACCAAUGAUGUCUUGAUUCGCGUCCGUGAUACCGGACCUGGCAUUCCGGAAGCCUUUCUACCAAACCUCUUCAAACCAUUUGCUCGCGAGGACGCGUCGACUACCCGUAGUAAAGAUGGACUGGGGCUGGGUCUUCUUGUCGCCAAGGGUCUCUCGCGGAAGAUGGGAGGCGAUCUGAUUUGUGUUCGUUCCUCGACCACGGGCCCCGACCACGGCUCCGAGUUCCAGAUCCGUGUGCCUGUGAAUCAGCGUGAGGCUUAUAAUCGACUCGGAGCCCCGAAUGAGAGAUACAUGACCCCGCCAACUAUUGGCGGCCACUCCCGACAUGGCAGUGCCAACAGUUUCAUCUGGGAAACUUCGUCAUCCAUCUCGCCAUCUUUCCCUCCGAGUCAGCUGCAGCAGCCGACACCUAGCACCGGUGAUGAGAAAACCUCCGAGAGUCCGACACCACCACGGACAUUGUCGCAGGCCCGACCAAUUCGAGCUCCAAUCUCCCGGGAUUCGUACGAUAAGAAGCUCGGCGAGAAGUUUCCCUUGCGUUUUCUCGUUGCGGAAGAUAACCGAAUCAACCGCCGUGUGCUUAUCAACAUGCUCCGAAAGCUGGGCUACCGAGAUGUCCUUGAGGCCGCCGAUGGCAGAGAAGCCGUCCAAAUCGUUCAAGACAUUUUGUGUACGUGGACAACCACUAGCGACAGCAUCAUAGAAGGAGAGACCAGUAUUUCUGCUCAAGCACGUGCACCAUCGAAGGUGAAGCCAAUUGACAUCGUCUUGAUGGAUCUCUGGAUGCCUGAAAUGGACGGCUACGAGGCGACCUCUCGCAUUCUUCAGAUGAUGGAUGACCACCAGGGCCAGUAUGCUGGUUUUGAUGAUGCCUCAAUUCAGAUGGGCCACACCGGAGACCCAGAUUCCAUGGAUCUGGAUACAGCCUCACCCAAGCUUCGUUUCCCUCAGCCUCCGACCGUCCUUGCUGUAAGCGCAGACGUUACUGAUGAGGCCCUGAACCGUGCCUCCAAAGUGGGAAUCAAAGGCUACAUGACGAAGCCUUACAAACUUUCCGACCUCGAACGACUGAUCGUCGAGUUCUGCGGUCUUACUGCCGACGCCCCAGUGGUAUAA